AUGGAAGCUAUUGACAUGGGGCAUAUAUGUGUCGCUAGGUGUCUGCUCGGGGCCGGUUGUUCGGUAAAAGCUGUAGCAUCGGAUGGUUCAACGGCCUUGCACUAUGCCGCAUGUCCAGAAAACGAGCCUGAGAAAGAUCCUGCUAGCAUAAUCAGGGUUCUGCUCGAUGCAGGCACCUCACCAGCAGUUAAAGAUGCAUCUGGCAAUACGGCAUUGCACUGCCUAGAGGCUUCCAACGUCAGUAGACAAGCCACAAAGGAAAAGAUUCAGUUGCUUGUGAAAGCAGGUGCUGGAAUCAACGAGCGUAGCGGUGAUGGCGACACACCAUUGUUUCGGGCCAUUCGCACUAAUCAGCCAGAGGUUGCGAAAUAUCUCUUGAAGGCAGGCGCCGAAACUGAUUCUCCACAGGGAUUAGAGGGAAAUGUCCUUCACGUCGCUGCUGCAUAUGGGGAAAUUGAAGUCCUUCGGAGCCUGGGUAAAAUGCAUUUACCUCAAGUCAGAGUAGACAUGAAAGAUUCUGACGGCGAUACUCCCUGGGAUCUGUUCAUUGGCACUUUGCAUCAACCAGAAUGGAAACUUGGGUCUGCGCGCAGACCAACCUCAGAAGAGAAGGAAGCUUUCGUGUGUUUGUACACACAGAUCAGAAAUCGCAACUUACAACAUGACGUCGCCAGACUAGAGUGGGCACGACAAUAUCUUGUAGAAGAAGACCUGCGAGGCGCCUCUGCGGCGAUAGCACAGAUUAUAAAGGAGAAUGAGGAAUGGAAAGAAUGGAAGGCUGUUCAAACAUACCAAGCAGUUAGGGUCCAAGUUCGGGAAAGAAUGUGGGAGGCGGCAAUUGAAUCGGUGGACGAAAACGUCGAUAUUCUGAAAGAUCAGAUCUCCAAAUCCCCCUGGGACCGGUGGUCUCACUACGAUAUUUUAGCAACGAUGGAUGCAGAUGAGUUCUCAAACUAG